CAACAGUCAGUGGAAUAUCGAGCACCAAUGGCCGCCGCCAACGUCAAAGAGGUAUGGAAACCUGUGCGAAAAUCCGUCCUGUACCUCAUUGCGGCAGUCGCGCUUGCAAUCUCGGCAUCGACGGUUGGGGGUAACUCAUUGCCGGCAGGUAGUAGAACGCAGGUCGAAGCCGUGGACGAUGUCGGUACAAGUGCGCAAGAUAAUAGUCACUCCCGCCGCUUGCUAGGUUAUCAACGAGUCACGGUUUACACAACAGCUCCGGAAGCCGAUCAGGACAAUCCGAUUGCACGCAAACAGUUCGCCGACUUGAUCGCCUCCCUGCCCACGGAUGUGACAACCCUCGAUGUUGUUGCCUUAAACUUAAUGGAACAACGCCAUUUUCUGGAGCAGAAUUGUUACGGGAAAGAGGAGGACAACAUGCCCGUAAAAAUGAGCGCUCUGAAGCGUUUCGACGAACUGCGUACGCGUGGACAAGAUCAUCUCGCAACCGAAGUCUACAAGUGGUGCGCGUUGAAAACGAAACCCUACCUCUCUGACUCGGUGGCGUACAUUGAUUCAUCCAGUCCAUUGCUGAUGCGACUGCAAGACUUUUUGUCGGACGUACAAAAUGUGGUAGUCUUAGGAGACGAUUAUUUCCCCCACACUGCUCAUGGCAGUCUGAUUGUGUUGCGCGAUAAUCAACUCUACGUAGCGGAACAGAUGAUGAAAGUUCUUCUGGAAACUCCGGCGGAGCACUUGGAAGUAAACCCUCUUCUUUUGCCGCAGCGCUUGUACGAAGCGGUGGCGUUCGCUUCCGCCAAAAAGCAUCCUAAACCGGGCAAGGUGGGCGAUUUCCUACUGUUGAAAGAGACAUGCCGAAUGGAUCCCUUGAGGCGCCACAAUGAUGAUGCAAAAGGCUGGACGGAUACACAAACUCGUCGCCACGUACACCACUGCCCCGAACGUGCAGGCUUUUGCUGCUCAAUUCACGACAUAUCUCGUAACCGUGUCGUCCUCAUGAGUCGUCAUCCUCUGUUGCCAUUUCAAAUUCUGUCCCAAUCAUUUUCUCGGCCUUACAACGCCGAAGCGGAUCACUAUGAAGAAGACGAGCUGCCCUACAUCACCACAAUCCAGGCUACUUUUCACGAGCGGCCUGCGGAUAUGCCCGAGACACCUAACUUUUACGCCUUGCUUGCCGCGAAAGAUUGCUUGCCCGACAAAGAAGAAUGCUCUAAGUGCUGCCGAAACCAGGCCGGUGCUACAAGGGAACUAUGUGCCAAAGACUGCCCUUGCUAUGCGAAGGCUCUCUGUUCGGAUAAACCUCCACCAAAGCAUGUUGCUCAUACGUGGACUGUAACCCCACCGGCCUACACGCGCGAUCCCAACCGUGUUGUUCCCCGUAUCGUACACCAAACUUGGUUCGAAGACCUAGCCCAGGACAGGUACCCAAAUAUGAGCCGCAUGGUCCAAUCGUUCCGUAACUCUGGCUGGGAGUACAAAUUCUACAACGACGAUGACGCAGUUAAUUUUUUGAGUACGCACUUUCCGCCGGAAGUGCGAGAAGCAUACGAAGCUCUUCGCCCUGGUGCCUUUAAGGCCGAUCUCUUUCGGUAUUGUGUGCUGUUGAUACACGGUGGUCUCUAUGCUGACGUUGACAUCAUGUUGGAAUCGGCUUUGGAUGCGGCCAUUGGACCGGAUGUAGGAUUUAUGGUUCCGACAGACGAGCCCGGCAUGGCCACAAAUCACCGGAUGUGUCUAUGGAAUGGAAUGAUCGCCGCCGCUCCAGGUCAUCCGUAUCUGGCGAAAGCCAUCGAAACCGUCGUGAAUCAAGUCCGAAACCGAUUUACAUCUGUUGAUAUUGAUGCCACCCUCUGCCCCAAUCCGGAGCUCUCCAUCUCGCACGCUUAUGAUACUCUCUUCACUGCAGGACCGUGCUUGCUGGGUGCCUCAAUCAAUCGAGUUCUGGGACGGCAUCCACAAAAAUCCUUUACAGCUGGGGAAAUUAACAUUUUGGCUGAUCGCCGACAAUUAGAAGCCGGUACAUCGUUUAUUGUCGGAGACGGUGUUGCAUUGGAGGCACGCGUGCCAGGAAGGAGUGUGAUUUUGAAGCAGGACAAGUGGGAUAUGGGCGCGCAUCGAUUUACCUACGUGGAGCGCAACUUGGUUGUCUCGGCCACAGAUCUGCAAGAUUCAAAUGAUAGGGACACUCACAAAAAGAACAAAAAAACAGAGCAUUACAGCACGACACACGCCAAGACGGGUAUUUAUGGAUUGGAAGGUCUGUACACAGACACACGUAUUGCAAAUGAAGAUAUUCGGAUUAUACUGGAUGUUUCCAAGCAGGCUAGUGUCCCAUCGUCUACGUCUUAG